AUGUUUGGGAAUCCAAAGCAUAAGAAGAAUCCAAAAAACCGGCGUCCUUCCAAUAGUGAGCAAAAAUCCUCAAAAAAUGACAAGCCUAAGUUUCCACAAACCUCAGUAAAUCCAGAUUUUAUUAAGGCAUGCUUCGAUGCGCGCACUGCUGGUAGUAAUAAUCCACCUCAAACUAUAAGACUUACACAGGUUGCAGGUAGCUUGGCUUAUGGUUAUACUGAAGAAAGAAACAAGAGUGGAACUGUUGCUGUCGGCUACACAAAUAAUAAUAAAGUUGUUAUUGGACGCAGUCAUUCCCUGUAUCAAGGGAAAAAACCUGAGACUCGUGCCCCCAGUAAAUAUAAUGUGAAACAGCAAGGCAGAAGCCCUCAAAAUUGUGGCGAGCCAAAAGUUAUCGACAGAGCUGAUGAUAGAGAGAGUAAAAUUACUGAGACUGUAGCUGUUUACAGAAACCACAAGAAGCCAAAUGGAAUUAUGAUUGAACGCUGUCCAAAUUGCAAGCAGUACCAAUGCCUUGGCCAUGUAUAUACUGACCACCUCAAUGGAAAAAUCGUCCCAUCUGUGACAAAAGAAGAGAAGGCACGUGGCCAACCACACCUGCGCCCAAUUCUCACAACUAUUAGCGAAGUUGCAUCAACAUCUUCAAGUCUGUAUUCUCCAUCGUCAGGCACUCCACGUAAUACGUACCAUGGUUCUCGUGCCAUUGAGCAGAAAGCCAAGAGCACAUCAGCACAGUACAAUCCUAUGGAUGUCACGUUGGGUGACCGGCGGUAUAGCAUCGGAACUACGCGAGGUUUUGUCAAGGAAGAAACCCCAUUUGUAAGGAGGACUCGAUCAAACAACAGAAAUUGA